GUUGCUAUGGUGAUGACUCCGCGCGGGCCCUGUGCCAUCAGUUUCUACGGACUGGAGGAGGGUCCAGAGCCCGCCCCUGACGUCGGGAUUCAAGGGCUGCUAGCCAGUCCCGCGAGGCCCGCGCGUUGCUGUAGUGAUUUGCUGCAGCCAGCGCGCCGGAACCCGGUCUUUGCAGCUUUGUCUACAGAACACUGGAAGAAUGAGGUCCUCUUGGACCCCUUUGGGGCCCCCUGUGAGCCAGGACCGCAUCAUCACCGGCUUCCCUAAGUGGUACACACCUGAUGCCUGCCUGCAGCUCAAAGAGCACUUCCACAGCCAGGUCAGCACUGCCUGCCAGCGCAGGAACACGGGCACUGUUGGGCUGAAGCUCUCCAAGGUGGUGGUAGUUGGUGAUCUCUAUGUGGGAAAGACUAGCCUCAUCCACAGGUUGUGCAAGAAUGUUUUUGACCGUGACUACAAGGCUACUAUUGGGGUAGACUUUGAAAUCGAGCGCUUUGAGAUCGCGGGGAUUCCCUACAGCCUCCAGAUCUGGGACACAGCCGGGCAGGAGAAGUUCAAGUGUAUUGCAUCUGCCUACUACCGCGGUGCCCAGGUGAUCAUCACAGCCUUUGACCUCACUGACGUGCAGACUCUGGGACACACCAGGCAAUGGCUGGAGGACGCACUGAGGGAGAAUGAGGCAGGCUCUUGCUUCAUCUUCCUUGUGGGAACCAAGAAGGAUCUCCUGUCAGGGGCAGCGUGUGAGCAAGCCGAAGCAGAGGCUGUGCACCUGGCCAAUGAGAUGCAGGCAGAGUACUGGUCUGUGUCAGCCAAAACCGGAGAGAAUGUGAAGGCAUUCUUCAGCCGUGUCGCCGCCCUAGCAUUCGAGCAGUCUGUCCUUCAGGACCUAGAGAAGAGGCCCAGCGCUCAGUCCCAGGUCGGAGAUGGAGAUGGAGACCUAAUCCGAAUAGAGGCGCCCAAGACCCAGGAGAAUAGGAGGCCACCCGGCCUGGGCUGCUGUUAGCUGAGGCCAGCCUCAGAGCCGUCCACUCCCUACAGACACACGGGGUGACAUGGAGCCCAAACUCUGCAGCAGAUACGCCUUCAAGCUGGAGAAGGCCUGUGUCCAGGGCUCAGCCGUUUCUCUUUGGCCCAGCCCCACUGGCUGCCGGGGCUCCAUACUGUCUGGGCUGGUUGCGGGUGGGCACUGGGGUGAGCCUUCCCUACAGGGUCUUCAGACAGUCACUGUGGUCUCAAGAGGCUUCAAGACUGCAAUCUCAGGACACUCAGGGCUAGCCCACAUCCCUUACCCAAUCAUAUCUGCAGUCACCCGGAGUCCUUCCCUGAUGAUCCUAGGCAAGGCCUCUGAACCCCCAUCUCCAUGUUCUAAGCACCAAGACUUGUCAAAGUAGGCAAGUAAAACUCACCUGCCAUUCCACCUGGGGGUUCUCUCAUCCAGAAGACAUGGAGUUCUAGGUCUUGGAGCUUCGGACCUAGCUAUCCACCGUCCCUCUGCCACAGAAUUUCAGGACCCUUGAGUUCCGCUGUUAAGCACAAUGGACAGAGUCCAUCUGGACGCUCUGGCAGAGUCCUGCCUCCAUCUCUGAGAUUCCCCUUGGCCCUGCCCUGCGUGUCAGAAGAUGGAUCGUCGUGACUCUGCUGAGAGAUGAAAAUUGCACAGAGUCCCUCUGGCAACUCAUUCUACAUCCCCAAGCCUAACCC